UCGUGGACCUCCUCCUUUCAUUUCAGACACAUCUUCGCAUACCUUCACUCGGCAUGGAGCGAAAGGUUUGAAAAAGAAGAAGUUCGGAUGGAGAACGGCGCCGACGUUUUUGCGAGCCACCCCGGCUGCCCCGUGCAAAGAAGCCAAUAUGCCCGCUCCAUCGGACCUGAUUCUGGAUGCAGUGGGCCUGAGUUGCCCCAAAUGCGGAUUACUAGCGAAGCCGCGUCCAUAAGUCAAAAGAACGUUAGCGAGGUCGUCGAUUCACUGAAGCCAGAAGUCAACCCAGUCAUCAAUUCUUAUGUCGGUCCAGCACUCGACGCGAUUCGAUCUCGUCAUCAGCAGCGAAACAACAGCAACGCAACCACAGUCAUAACAACGCGCAUUGUCGAUGCAGCAAAAGGCUUUGAGAAAAAAAUCUCGGACGCCGUAACACCGCUGCUGGGGAACCAAGGAAAUCAAGCACCACCGAAGAAUCCUAACGACUCGCAGAAUCCUCAGACAAAUCCGCCGAAUGUACCCGGCACCGAUUAUCGAGGAGCCUUCGACCUCCAACGACCGGAAAACAAAGAAAAAUUCGGUGGCCUCCCCAUGACCAGUAACCCCGGCGCUGUGGUCAAUUUCGUCGACGAAUAUGGUCGCAAAAUUGUGGGAACUGUCCCCACAGCCUUCAACGCUGCUAUCGGUAACUCCAACGCCUAUCUCAAGGCUUUUUACGACAAUUUGAAAGGAAUGGUUCACUGACGACCUCGUUACUCGCUUCGAUUGUAAUUAGCUCAAAACAAUAGAAAGUUCCACCGCGAUCGAUAUUCUUCAUUAAUUUAUCCAACUCAUUUAUUCGCUUUUUUAUAGUUUAUUUAUUUUCUCAAUAUUUAUUGUGCGCAUUAUUUCUUAACGUUGUGAAUGAUUCUAUUAGGAUAUUUAAUUUAUAAUUUAUUCCAUUUGCUGCUGCGAUCCAACGACCUCGAUGUAUUUUGCACUUAAUUCAAGUUAAUAAUUGUCAUUAAAUUAUAAUUAUAAUUAUUUUGUCAUUGUUAAAUUCAAUUGAAAUGAUGAAACUACGUGAAAUAUUUUAAUAAUUGAGUUUUCUUAAAUUCGGUAAAAAAAAUCCUCGAUUACGCAAUUUUGGGAGAUUUUUAGAGCUCAAAAAAAAAUCAGAAACUUUAUUAAGCUUCGUUCUGCAGAUGCGGCGUAAGUUCAAUCGAAUCGAUGAAAAUAAUCAAUUGACCAAAGUAUUGUGAAUUUGUGAGUGAAUUUUCAGGAAUUUCAUAUUUAUUAUGCGUAAAUAAAAA